AUGCGAGGCAUCGUGCGCCCGCGCUUCGCGGAUCGCCCCUCCCUUCUCGCCUUACACGACGACCAGCCGCUCGCUCGCGCGUGCAAACCCGCCGCGUUCUUCGUUCGUCACACCGCCUACCUCGCGUCCUACGCGAUGAGCCUAUCGCGCAGGCCUGCCAUAUCCGCCGCCUAUGCCCUCGUCCCAUCAGCACGGCCCACUAGCGUGCAGACGCAUGCAGGAGAUAGCGCCGCGUCAUCUGUAGCACCACGGGAGGGCUCGCUGCGCAUGGCACCCCGCCGUCAGGAUUCAUCCACGACAGGCGAACGCGCACACGGACGGCUUGCGCAGCUCACCGCGCCUCACGCUCCGCCGGUCGCCUGUCUUUUCUCGCCCUACCAAGCGGUCAGCCGCCCCCUCGCGUCUCCUUCACCACCACGCAGUGCAAGCGCGCCGCCGAUGCUCGAGGACGUGGCGUGCCGCUCAGCGUUCGGCUCGCAAACGCCGCCGUGCCCGACAAGAUGGGAGCAGGUCAACGUUGAAGCGCAACGUCGGUACGGCCUUCGUGCGGUUGCUCCACAGAAACGAUGA